AUGCGUCCUUCAUCGAUCCUAUACGCGUCCCGACCAUUUCCAUGGAUCGCAGAAUUAAAAGCGGUGCAACUUCAGCGCGUGGCGCGCGCAACGGGGAUUCAGUCAUCCGGCACAAAAGAUGUGCUUGGCGGCCGGAUUGAAACCAUCCUGUCUGAUCAGCUGCGGCGUGUCCCGGCGGGUGAGAAACAGCGUCGUGAUUGGAGCGUGCUGAGUAUUGAUAUGGGGAUUCAGAAUCUGGCAUUUGCUCAUCUGCAUGUUCCGCGGGUAUUACCUGAUUUGGAGAUGGAAGCGAGACAAGGGCCGUCGAAGCCGAUUCUGACGGCGUGGCAUCGGCUGAAAGUCUCUGAGAUUGACAGGUUAGACUUGAAGGGGAGUUUGGAAGAUGGAAAGGGCGAGGCAGAGGACUCUGGCGCAGCGUCGAUGACGGGGACAGAAGCGUCGUUGUUUGGAGUACUCGGCGCCUCUGAAAGUGCGGCUUCCGCGUCUGUGACGGAGCUAAAAGAAUCAUUUGCGCCGCAUGUUUAUGCCGAACUGGCGUAUACAUUGGUCACGGCCCUCUUGUCGGCAUAUAAACCUACCCAUGUUCUCAUUGAGCGGCAGCGUUUUCGAUCUGGUGGAGGGAGCGCGGUGCAAGAGUGGACACUGCGAGUUGGCGUCUUUGAAGGUAUGUUGUAUGCUGUAUUAAAUGCGCUCAAGCGGGAGCGCGGAUUCGAGCUGGAUGGAUUAGAGGUGCAUGGGAUUGAACCGAAGCGGGUAGUGCGAUACUGGGAGGAUCUGGAUCUGGAUCUCGUUCCUUGUCCUGGUCUUGGUCCUGAUACGGUCGAGUCUGGAAAGAAAGAAAGAGAGCGGGAAGAAGCGUCUAUAUUAUCACCACAACGAACAGCGGAUGAUGUCAAAACUAAGAGCAGAGUCAAUGCGCGGCAAGUCAAACAGGCCAAGAUUGACCUGGUCGGACACUGGAUUGCAGGGUCUCUCCCCGUGGAAGAUAUCACGACACCGGCUGUUCCUCGUGAACGGCAGCUUGAACGACUUGAUGCUGCGGUUCAAAGCAAGAUUUGUCUGGCGGCGCAUCGUCCAAGUGUACACCAGACUGCGCAGGCUUACCUGCAGAAAUGGCGCAAACCGGUCCAGAAAACUUCCAAGAACAAGACACCAUCGUCGCCUGCAAUAGGCAAACUCGAUGAUCUGGCAGACUGCCUCUUGCAGGGUGUGACUUGGUUAGAAUGGCAGACCAUGCGAGAAAGACUUGCCCGGGAAGGAGUCGAAGCCCUGCAGUUGACAAAGAAAUGA